GAAUAUCAAGCAGUCCCAAUCAGCAACAGAUUCGCUUGAAUUCAAAACCAAAGCCGUCGCUACACACAAAUGGACAAAAGUUGAAGAAAACACUCUAGUGAAGCGAAAAUUCGCAGUCAUUUCCACGAAACUUCUUACGUACUCUAAAAUUGAAAUUCCUGUCCUUCAGGUUUUACUUUCCCGCUCGCUUUUCACCUUUUUCUUUUCUUUUUUAUCCUAUUUUUAUUCUCUUCCUUUUUAGCUCAAUUUCAGUUACUCUAUCCAAAUCUUGAAUCUCAGUGCUUUUUAUUAAUUUGAUUUGAGCUUGUCAUCUUGGAGUUUAUCAGAGUAUAACGGUACGGAAAGUGAGUUUCAUUGAUUUUUCCUUUGUUUUCGAGGAGUUUCUGUUGAGAAUACGUUACGGCCGUGAUUCAGAAGAUGCAAACGAGGUACGUGGAGAGAUCUAAUAGUAAGCGACGGUUGGACUCCAGUUCAGCUGAAGAAGGUCAGCCUGAUAGGAAACGACCUGCUUUGGCUAGUGUCAUUGUUGAAGCUCUCAAGGUUGAUAGUUUACAGAAACUUUGCUCGUCAUUAGAGCCUAUUCUUCGAAGAGUUGUUAGUGAAGAGGUGGAAAGGGCUUUGGCAAAGCUGGGCCCUGCCAAACUAACCAGGAGGUCUUCUCCUAAACAUAUAGAAGGACCUGAUGGAAGAAACUUGCAGCUGCACUUCAAGUCCAGGUUGUCGCUUCCUCUUUUCACCGGAGGGAAAGUAGAAGGAGAGCAUGGUGCUGCAAUCCACAUUGUCUUGAUUGAUGCAAAUGCAGGACAUGUUGUCACAUCGGGUCCUGAGUCUAUAGCGAAAUUGGAUGUUGUGGUGCUUGAGGGUGAUUUUAACAAUGAAAGUGAUGAUACUUGGACUCAAGAAGAAUUUGAGAGUCAUGUGGUUAAAGAGCGCGAAGGAAAGAGACCGCUUUUAACUGGCGAUCUGCAAGUGACACUGAAGGAAGGAGUAGGGACAUUAGGGGAGCUUACUUUUACUGAUAAUUCAAGCUGGAUAAGGAGCAGGAAGUUCAGGCUAGGGCUAAAGGUUGCCUCAGGUUGUUGUGAAGGCAUUCGCAUUCGUGAAGCAAAAACAGAGGCCUUCACUGUUAAGGAUCAUCGGGGAGAAUUGUAUAAGAAACACUAUCCACCUGCCCUAAAUGAUGAGGUUUGGAGAUUGGAGAAGAUUGGUAAAGAUGGGUCAUUUCAUAAGAGGCUGAAUAAAGCUGGAAUAUACACAGUUGAAGACUUCCUGCGACUUGUAGUUACAGACUCACAGAGAUUGCGAAAUAUUCUUGGAAGUGGCAUGUCAAAUAAAAUGUGGGACGUCCUUGUGGAGCAUGCAAAGACUUGUGUUCUAAGUGGGAUAGUUUAUGUGUAUUAUCCUGAUGAUGCAAGGAAUAUUGGCGUUGUCUUCAACAAUAUUUAUGAGUUCUGUGGCCUUAUCUCUAAUGGACAAUAUCUCUCAAGUGAUUCUCUUUCUGACAGUCAGAAGGUUCCUGUUGACACCUUAGUCAAGAAGGCAUAUGACAAUUGGAAUCAUGUAAUAGAGUAUGAUGGCAAAUCUCUUUUAGGGUUUACACAAAAUAAGUGCGGAGGUGCUCCUGAAACUGAUGUUCCAACAAAUGCAUUUGAUCAGGUCACUUUACCAACCCUGUCAGUUCCAGCUCCUCCAGAGCAGCCAUCCAUGCAUUCAGGCUUAACAGCUGGAGGUUAUACUGAUAGUACACCUUCCAGAUUCUCGAUACAGCAACAAAAUGUUAACCUCAGUGCUCCAAUCCAGUAUGAUGGUGCUUCAUUCCCGUUUCAGAAUCCGUUGAUGGCUGUUUCACAGCAAGCCCAUCUUUCAAGAAGUGAGAACAUCUUGGCCCUCGGUCCACCACACACAUCAUCAUUGGGUUUCCAGGAUGUUGGCACGUCAAAUCCUACUAGUUAUAGGGGAGUUGAGGACUUCCUCACAGAGGAGGACAUUCGUAUGAGAAGUCACGAGAUGCUUGAAAAUGAGGACCUGCAGAAUCUACUUCGUAUAUUCAACAUGGGAGGCCAGGGCCAUUCUUCUGUCAAUGUAACAGAUGAUGGAUACCCUUACUCGUCUGCAUUCAUGGGUAACCCGGCUACCAAUUACAGCUUUGAGGAUGAUCGCUCUCGUUCAUCAGGCAAAGCUGUUGUUGGUUGGCUGAAACUUAAAGCAGCCCUUCGAUGGGGUAUCUUUGUCAGGAAGAAGGCCGCUGAGAAGCGGGCACAACUUGUUGAGUUGGAUGAUUCAUAGAUACGACCUGUAAAGCAAAGUUGAUCUGGUCUUUUGUUAAUAGGCUACCUCCUCCCACCAUGCUCGAUCGUAUUCCAAUGUGAGUUAACAAGAAGGCAUGGACUUCAAAUUCUUAGUUGGCUCCUUGGAUUAUGAUCCUGACAUUUGAGGAUCUCCCUGCUUGUACAGUUCUUGCCUGUAUAUAAGCUUGCAUCUUCUGUAUUAACAACUGUUAGUCUUUUUCCACCGAUGAGCAUUGUCUCCGGAAAUCAUGAUGACAGAUACAGUUGAGCUGUUUCAACUGCAGAUGUCUGCGGACGGGUGCUUUACAGGGAGCCUUUCCAAAAGCCGGAAAACUUGGCACAGGUCUUGCUUUUAUUUACUUUUGGAGACAAAUUCGAUAGAAAUGGAGGUCUAACUUCAUCACUUUCAGAUUUGGCAAGUAUGUUGUAUCCUAUUUCGCACUCACUUCUUUUCAUUAUGUUAGUUGCCACGGACUUAACAUAUGUUGAUGUUUUUGUUCUGUAAUUAUGGUGGUCUUUAUCUUACUUGAUCAAACAUUAGUAAUGUAUAAUAAAAUCGUGUUUUAUUAA